AAUUAAAAUAGUAACGCUUAGAAUAUAUAGCAGAAUUUUUUAAAAACGCUGUAUAAUGUUUAUGAUUUCUUUUUGUGUUGUCUGAUUUGCUUAUGUACCUUUGUCUGGGAGCUGUUGCGGUUUUGUAACAUGGACAAGGCUUGGGUUUGGCUUCCGAGGGCAAGCGUUGAGUAUGAGGAAGGUGCACGUGCUUUUGUGUAUGCAUCAGCAAAGAGGUUGGGUAAUCCUCUGCAGUUGUUUUGUCCUUGUAUCGAUUGCCGGAAUGUAUGCCAUGAAGAUAUAAACACAGUAGUGGAUCAUUUGGUAAUUAGAGGAAUGGAUCAGAAGUACAAGAGGAAAUCUUGUUGGAGUAUUCAUGGAGAGACACGAAAUGAGAAGACAGUUGAUGAUCAACAUGCUGAGUUAGAAGCCUAUGAGUUGUUUAGGCCUGGGCAUCCUUACCGACGCCGAAAAAUUUGGUUUGACAAUACAAUAGAAGAAGGGACUGCUAAUAGAGUUCAAACAGGAGCUGAGAUUUUUGAGCUGCUUAGGGACUUCAAGAAUGAAUUCGGGAAACCUUUGGAGAAGAAGAAGAAAAGGAAAAGAUCAGAUAUUGGUGAAGGGGAGGAGCUUACCCAUGAAGAAUAUGAAGAAGAUGCUGACCAAUGGAGGUGGAAGAAACGGUCUAUACUAUUUGAAUUAGCUUACUGGAAGGAUAUGCCGGUCCGUCACAACAUCGACAUUAUGCAUGUAGAAAAGAAUGUGUCUGACGCCAUUCUUUCUCUUUUGAUGCACAAUGCUAAAUCAAAAGAUGGUUUGAAAGCAAGACAAGAUUUGGAAGAUAUAGGGAUUCGAAAAAACUUACACGCUGAGCAACGUGGGAAGAAAACAUAUUUGCCUCCAGCUGCUUAUUGGUUGAGCAAGGAAGAGAAGAAGAUAUUUUGCAAGAGGCUAUCCGAAUUCAGAGGACCAGAUGGCUACUGUGCGAAUAUCGCCAAUUAUGUCUCACUUGAUCCUCCUCUAAUUGGUGGUUUGAAGUCUCAUGAUCAUCAUGUUCUUCUGCAAAACUUGUUACCUGUUGCAUUGAGAGGAUUGCUGCCCAAAGGACCGAGGACUGUAGUUACUAGAUUAUGCAACUUCUUUAGUAGACUAUGUCAGCGUGUAAUUGAUCCGGAGAAGCUUAUAACUUUGGAGUUUGAGCUUGUUGAGACGAUGUGCCAAAUGGAAAGGUACAUGAAAACACUAAAGUCGUAUGUCAAGAACUAUGCAAGGCCAGAAGCAUGUAUGGCAGAGGGAUAUUUGGCAGCUGAAUGUAUUGGUUUUUGCUUGGAGUUUCUCCAGUCAUCUGUACCAGUUCUAGAGUCUGCAAAUCGUAAUGAAGAUGUUGAUUUAGAUGAGAAUAUACUUGAAGGGCGUCCAAUUCUUAAGGCUAAAGAAGUUACACUAUCUGAUAAAGAGCGUGACAUUGCUCACAGAUAUAUCCCUACUAACUCAAAAGAGCAUUCGGCAAAGCUGAGAUGGUUAGCAUUUGGUCCAAGACAUAAUGUUGAAAGCUAUAAGGGUUAUAUCAUCAAUGGUCAUCGAUUUCACACAGAAGACUUAAAGCGGAAGACUCAGAACAGUGGAGUAGCAUAUGAAGCUUUCACUAUGUGUAGAUCAACUGCAAAAGAUACUAAUCAAGUGGCGGACGUAGUUUCUUACUUUGGAGUGAUACAAGAGAUAAUACUGCUGGACUAUCACAUGUUCCAGGUUCCAUUAUUCAAGUGUAAGUGGGCUAAUAAAGGGAAUGGUCUGAAGGAAGAAGAUGGCUUUACACUUGUUAACUUCAGCUUAAACCAAGCAGCAUUUCUCCAAGAUCCAUUCAUUAUGCCUUCUCAAGCAAAACAAGUGUUUUACUCCAGAGAAACUGACUCAUCACCUUGGUUUGUAGUUAUGAGGGCACCACCAAGAGGGUAUCACGAGUUAGAGACCGAAGAAGAGUUUGUUGCUGCACCAAUAUCUAUAGAAGACAAUGAAGAUUUGGGGAAUGAAUCUUCUGAUGAUGAAAGUUUCUGUGUUAGGAAUGAUUGUGAAGGGGUCCAAAGUGAUAGAUUCAGGGAAUUGCGGAGAAGUCAGAUUCCCCACACUACUAGCCGCAAAGGAAUGGUUCGCUUGACACAUGAAAUGAAGAAAAAGAGUUCAGACCCAUCAAAAGUGACUAGGAGUAAGGUUUGGGUAGUAGGAAACACUCAUUCAGAUGGGAGACCUGUGAGGCCAGAGUUUGAAGAGACCAUUGAAAAAAUCAAAUCGAUUGAUAGUGAAAUGGAAUCCACUGCUAGUAUGAGUGUUAAAGAAGAUGCUGUGAGUCAAGUCUUAGGAAAAGAUAAACCAGGAAGAAUUAGAGGAAUGGGCAGAGGUAUAACUGCUACGAAGAUAGCAUUCAUGCAGGCCAGGGAUUCACAUGUACAAAAGCUUGAAGCUAAACAAGCUGAAUUGCAUGAUGUAGUUCGUGGCUUGCAGGAUGUAGUCCGUGGCUUAGCUGCAUCAAAAACUAAACCACAUGAUGGUGUCUCUAAUUCUGAGGUUAGUGAUAUUUCCAAAGGAGGACCUAGGUGUCAGAUUUUGGACUGGUGUUCACCUGAUGAUGUUAUCAUUGGAGAAGGAGAAUUCUGCUCAGCUGAACAAAAUUACAAGAUUGGACGCAUUCCACUUGGUCGUAAUGCAGGUGCUAUUUUGGUUAAGUCAGUUAUAGAUGCAGAAGCAUCUGUGUGGAGGCCUACGACAACUGUUACCACACUUGGCCAAGCUGUUGGAACAAAAAUUGCAUGGCAACUUGAUAAGCUCAUUUUGGACAAUGAUCUGAACUCUCCACCAAAUAAGACUGCUGCUUCAUCGGCUGCAGAUGCAGAAGAUUAUGACCCAUGGCCAAUCCAUAAUAGCCAAAAUGCUAAUAUAGAAGCAAUCAAGGAUAAAACGAGUUCAAAAAGUAGAUCUCCUGGGAGUGUCAGUAACAGCUCUAACAACAGCAAAAAUGAGAAAAAGAAGUGCAUCCUCUUGGAUUGCAAUGGAUCAGGAAAAAAGGUUGCAGAAGGUCGAGUUUUAUCAUCAAAUCCAGAAGAUAGAGUUCAUCAUGUCCCCUUGGGUCUUAAUGCAAGCAAGGUAUGGGUUGAUGUCCCUACCAUUGAUGAAGCACCAGUUUGGAGAGCAAAUUCAGAAAUUAAAAUCAUUGCUGAUGCUUUGGGUAGUAUAAUAGCUUGGCCAAAUGACAAACUCGUUUACAUUUGAACUUGUGUUUGUGUUCAGUAUGACUGUACUUUGUUAUUGGAUUGAAACAUGUAUUUUGGUUAUUAUGAAACAUCUUCAGGUUUAUGAAUUUCUUUUUGCUUAUGCGAAAUUAUUGGGGGAUAAAUCCAAAUAUAGAAUAAUUCAUUAC